UCCAAACCACGUGAUCAUUUUUUCCCCCAAGCUUGUAAACACGUGUGGAGAGUAGUGUGUGCGUGUAAAAAAUAUCUAAACAGCAACUUUUUUGUGAACAUCUUUAACAUGGCAAAAAGCCUUCGGAGUAAAUGGAAGAGAAAGAUGCGGGCAGAGAAGAGGAAGAAGAAUGCUCCAAAGGAGUUGAACCGACUGAAAAAAGCUCUGAGCCUGGAUAAUAAAGGAGAAGUUGUCAUGAGCGACAUGCAGGAGAUCGCCACAGUGGUGCCAGCUGAGAAGAUAAAGAAGCAGGCAGACGUUGAGAUGGUGGAGGCAGAGCCUGAUGAUGGGAAGAUGGACAUGGACAGCAAGCGCAACAAGAAAACUCUUCUGGAUGAACAUGGACAGUAUCCGGCAUGGAUGAGCCAACGGCAGGCCAAGAAAAUGAAGACGAAACGAGUGGGAAAGAAAAGCACCAAGGACAAGAAGAAGAAGAAGAACAUUGCCUGGUAAACCACAGCAAACAGGAAGACCAUUACUUUAUCUUAAAGACUCUGGAAGCAGAAACACAGCAUCGUUUCAUGUAGUCUGUUUCACGUGGCCUGAUAAGUGUUGUUUCUUAGUUAAAGCUCAUUCUGUGUGGUGGAUUUGAAGAUUCACGAUUGUGCCACAGAGCCUGAGAUUGUACAAAAGUUCACUGUAGAAAACGGCCUGUUCUUAUGGAACAGCAACCCCAUUCUGAUUUCAGAUCAGGCCUCGAGGACGUAAGAUUUGCGUGCAGUGUGUCUGAUUGUAGAAAUGUGCAUGUGCAUUCUCUGCUCAGUUAAAUGUUUCUAUACUCCCAUUAAAAAAAUA